AGAUAAAAGGAUGUACCUGGCAGAAGAGAGUUGUUUUCAAUAACUUUUUGCUAAAAUAAAGGGGGGGGGUGUUAAUUAUUAAACCCUUACUUGAUUGCUCCCUAGUUCUGCUGAUGCUUUAAUCCUGGGUCACUGAAAGUUUAAGACUGCAUUAGAGUGGUGGCUUUUUUUCCUUUUUUUGCCUGAAGUUUCCCGGUCUGGAAGGAUGUUAGGGAGAUUGCUGCUUGCCUCCACCUGGGUUACCGUCGCUUAUGCUGGACUUUGCAAACCAGAAAUGCAGAAUGCUGUCAAAGUGCGGCUUAGUAUCAAAACAGCUUUGGGAGACAAAGCAUAUACCUGGGAUACCAGUGAAGAAUUUCUGUUUAAAGCAAUAAUGGCUUUUGCCAUGAGAAAAUAUUCCAGUCAACAAACAACCCAAACCUCCAAUGUGUUGCUUUGCAAUCUAACAGAUCGGGUAUCUUUUUGGUUUGUGAUCACUGAUUCUUCCACAAAUACCACCAUUCCUAGGAGAGAUGUAGAAACAGCUAUAAGAUGGAAUAGAAGGAGAAUCAACAGUGCCUUCUUGCUAAAUGACAAUACUCUGCAGUUCUUGGAAAUCCCAUCAACUUUAGCACCACCAUUUGAACACCCUGUGCCAGUCUGGCUGAUUGUAUUUGGGGUUGUUCUUUGCAUCAUUGUAGCUGGAAUUGUUUUCCUCAUAGUAUCAGGAAUCCAGAAACGCAUGAGAUAUAAUAAGAAGCCUGAAGAAACAGAAGUUUUAGAAGAGAAGACUGAAACUGCCAUAACAGUGGAAAAUGGAAUCCCCUGUGACACCUUGGAUCUAAAAGCUGGCCAGGUUAAUGGAGUAUAUGCAGCAGCAGAUGAUGAACGGUUCACACCCUUAUGAACUAUCACUGUGUUCUCAUUAGUCCCCUUUUCAUGGACCUGUCCUGGUUUAUCUAAAUAAUAUUGCUGCUUGUGAAACAGCAAGACAAGGACUGUAACAUAAUGUGUAUUCCCUGCCCCUUUAGCAGAUGGCAAACACAUUACAAAUUCAGUUUUCAUCAAAAGCUAAUGGAAAGAACAAAUAUAGUACCGCAUGUUAUAUGUUUUUAGGGUGUAUCAGGGGACUGAGGCAAAGGCUAUUUUCUAUCACAUGCUUAGUAAUGGAUUAUUAUUUAAAUGCAUAGCUACCCUUUGUCUUUUGUUCUGUUUCUUUGGUUGGGAUAUGACUGGCUUUCUUCCAGUAUUAUAUUCAUAAGAAAAGUAAUCCAUUUCACUAGGGUCUGUAAGUAUACUGCAUGUCAACUAUAGUCUUAAAAAGAGCAUUUGUCGCAUGUAAGAAGCAGACAGAUAACUUUUCAGAGAGGUUAAGCAAUACUAUAGAGCUGUGAAUGUGCUUUUCUACAUGAGAUAGGUUUAUUAUUGUACUACCAUGAUCUGUGGUCAAAUUAUUUGUGCAGGUUUCUUUAUAUUUCAACAUACACUGGGGAAAAAUAGAUAUCUACUCUAACACUGCUUCCAUUGACUUGGAUGCCUUUUGAUAUGACUAUAUAUUGGAUAGUAUCCAUAAUGCCUAACUUGGUAGAAGUUGAUUCUAAUAUAUUCAAAGGCUGAACUGAAGGUAAAAAGAGGAAGCAGUAAUCACUUUUGUGCUGAUGAACACAGGAAAUAAAUAGUGAAAAUAAUGAUUAAUAAGUAAAUACAAGUUUUCAAAUGUGCAAAUCUGCUUAUAUUUGCUCCUUCAUACCUCUUGGACAUGUCUUAUCCUUUCAGACUGUAAAGCCCUUGGAUAAGGAUUGUCUCCUCCAUAUAUCCUGUGAUAAUCCUUGUUGGAUUUUUGGGACAAUAAAUAAAUGCAAUUCACAAAA